CUCAGAUUGGUGAGAUCAGACCUGCUCAGUUAUUUAUCACGGAUCAGCUUCAAAUUUUUUCAGUUUGAACGAAAACGGCGAUGAUGGCAAAUGGGGAAGCAAGUGAUGCACCUCUUGAAAAACCGUUGAGUGACAAGCAUAGGCAUAUUUUGAAAAACGUAGAAGAGGCCCCUUCAAGAGAUAUGGAUCCAGAAGAAUUAUUACGGAAAAUGGCAGCUGUUAAAGUAUUAUUUACCCAAUCUGAAGCAGAGAAAAUAAAAGCGAAACAAACACGAUCGGGAAAAUGCGAGGAGUUGCUAGAGAUUUUAUCAAGGAAGGGUGAGAAAGCCUAUCAAAUAUUCAAGAAAGUACUCCGAGACGUUCACCCACCCCUUGCAAACAUAAUUUUGGAACGUGAAAGCAUGGACCUGGGAAGGGAUGAAAAACCAGAGCAAGCUGACAGAGCAAGACCGGUACCUGACUCGACUGAAAUAAAAAAACUGCGUGAGAAAGUUGUUACUUUGCAAGGAUGCAUGUCAAUUCAGGAUGACGCGGGAAACUGUUGGAGGGAACUUGGAGCAUAUCUUCAAAUACCAGAAGGCGAACUUUGCAAUAUAGAAAAACAGCACCGAUUAGCAAAAGAUAGUGGAUAUGCAGUACUUCAAUCAUGGAGGAAUAGGAAAGGGAGUGACGCAACUGUAGGAUGCCUUUCCGACGCCUUUGAAAGUAUUGGUAAAAAAAGGAUUGCAGAAAAGUUGUUAGGUGUGUAA